CCAAAUCAGUGACAGAGUCAACACUUAAGCAGUAUUUAACUUGGCCAUGCUCGCAUAUGACUUGCAGCAAACUCAUUUCACCUUGUGUAUUUUCUUAAAGAAUGGCCAUAAUGGGCAUGAAUUAUUCUCUCAUUUAUGAGUUUCCUUUCCUUCUCUUACUUGUUCUCUUACAGGUUCAUACAUGCAUGGGGUCUAAUACCAUUUCUGCAGGUCAAUCUCUUAAUGGGAACCAAACAAUAGUCUCUAAAAACCAAGUGUUUGAAAUGGGAUUCUUCACACCAGGUAACUCUAGGAAUUACUACAUAGGAAUAUGGUACAAAAAGGCAGGUAACCAAACAAUUGUAUGGGUGGGAAAUAGAGACAAACAUGUUUCUAAUCCAUCUCUUUCAUCAUUGAAACUUUUAGAGAAUGGGAACUUAACCUUAGUUGCAGGGGGCUCAACUGUUAUUUGGUCAAGUAAUUCAUUCUCAAGGCUUCCAAAUUCAACAGUAGGAGUGUUGCUUGACAAUGGAAAUUUUGUCAUAAGAGAUGUUUCAGAUUCAUCUAUUGUAAUAUGGCAGAGUUUCACUCACCCAACUGACACCAUCCUACCUGGUAUGAUAAAUGGUUAUAAUAAGAUUAAGAAUGAGUCAAUUGUUUAUAUUUCUGUCAGGGGGUUGGAUGAUCCAGCGCCAGGGAAUUUCUCUAUUGAGAUGGAUGAAAACCCAACUAGCCUUUUGUUCAAGACCAAUGGCUCGGUAAGUUGGAGUGCUUAUUGGAUAGGGAGUGGUUUCACAACAGGUUAUGUUGACAAAAAGUGGACCAAAUUUCCUUAUGGUUUGGAUACUACUUAUGUUGAAAAUGAGAAGGAGAGCUACUUCACUUUUGCUCCUACUUCCCCAACCGCCUUGACUCGAAUGACCGUUGAAGCAUCAGGGAAGCUAUGUCAAUACAUUUGGAGGGAAAGCUCAAGGAAUUGGACAGAGAAUUGGUGUAUAUUAGCUGAUGGACUGCGUGAGUUCAAUAUGUUGUGUGGUCCUUUCACUGUGCGUGACAUAUACAAUACAACUCUAUGUGUUUGCUUGCAAGGGUUUGAACCCAAAAAUACAAAAGCUUGGGAGUUAGGAGAUGGCUUGGAUGGAUGUGUUAGGAGAGCUCCUUUGCAAUGCAAUGCACGAGAUGAUACGUUUGUAGAGGUACGAAACAUUGUCUUUCUAUCACAACCAGAAGAGAUAAAAGUUAAGAACAUUGAAGCAUGUAGAUUAGCAUGUUUGAGUAAGUGUUCAUGCAAUGCUUAUUAUUUUGAUGAUAGUUGCUUUAUUUGGGUGGAUGACUUGGUCAAUAUUGUCCCAAGCUCACCUCAUGAAGUUGGCCCAUAUUGGCACAUAAGAAUGGGAGCAUCCCAUUUGUCUGAGAGCAAGGUUGCAAAUCGAAAAACCACUUGGAUUGCUAUAUCAAUACUACUGGGGUGGUUGUUCUUAACUUUCUUAGGCAUUGGUUUAGUGUUUUUGGGAAUGAGAUAUUUUGUGGAUUCACUUGAAAGAGUGGAGGAUUCUCUAGUGUUGUAUAGGUACAAAGAUUUGAAACUUGCGACAAAGAACUUCUCCCAAAAACUUGGGGAAGGUGGCUUUGGUUCUGUUUACAAAGGGGUUUUGGCUAAUUCAACUUGUAUAGCUGUGAAGAAACUCAUGAGUAUGCAACAAGCAGAGAAGCAAUUUCGCGCAGAAUUGAAGACUAUUGGAGCAAUACAACAUGUUAACCUCGUUCGCCUUCGCGGGUUUUGUGCAGAGUCUUCAAGAAGAUGCUUUCGCGGGUUUUGUGCAGAAUCUUCAAGAAGAUUUCUAGUUUAUGAGUACAUGCCUAAGGGCUCACUAGAUUCUAGUCUUUUUGGGACAAGUCUGACUGUCUUGGAUUGGAAUGCCAGGUGCCGAAUAGCGAUUGGAGUGGCUAAGGGACUAUGCUAUCUCCAUGAAGAGUGUAGGGAAUGCAUCAUACACUGUGAUGUCAAGCCAGAGAAUGUCUUGUUGGACGAAGAUAAUAAUGCAAAACUUGCAGAUUUUGGACUUGCAAAGCUUGUUGGGAGGGAUUUCAGCCGGGUUUUGACAACCAUGAGAGGCACAAGAGGCUAUCUUGCACCAGAGUGGAUUUCAGGCUUAGCAAUCACACCAAAAGCAGAUGUGUAUAGCUAUGGAAUGUUGCUAUUUGAGCUCAUAUCUGGGAAAAGAAACAACACACAAUUGGAGCAAGGCAUGGAACAUUACUUCCCUUUUCGAGUUUCGAAGUCAUUGAGCCAUGGAGAAGAUGUUUUUCCUUUAUUGGACUGCAGGAUUGAAGGAAAUGCAGAGAGAGAGGAGGUUAAUAGAUACUGCAAAGUGGCUUGUUGGUGCAUUCAAGAAGAUGAAAAGAGUAGGCCAAAUAUGAGUCAAGUUGUACAAAUUUUAAUGGGAGUUAAAGAAAUUGAUUUGCCACCAGUGCCACUCUUUUUGGAGCGCCUUGCCGGAGUCUCUAUGGAAGCCAUGCACUACUAUCAAGUUACCACUUCUGGUGGUACCACUCAAUACUACUCAUUCUCAAGUUAAUGUUUCAUCUUAGUCUCUCAUAAUAAUAACAAAAAAGUUUACAUAUUUCAUUUCUUGAGUAAUUAUUGAUAGUAAAUGUUUGUUUUCUUUUAAAUAAAUGUGAUGUUGCAAAUAAUUUUAUUUUCGUAA